AUGCCGACUAAAUUCAAGCUCAACACCGGCGCCGAGAUUCCCGCCGUCGGUUUCGGAACCUGGCAAGACGAGCAUGCCCAGGAAGACGCCGUCGCAGAGGCUCUCAAAGCAGGAUACCGCCAUAUUGACACGGCCAGAGUAUAUUUGACCGAAAAGGCCGUAGGAAGAGCAAUCAAGAAGAGUGGUGUACCUCGAGAACAGCUUUUUAUAACGACCAAACUGUGGAACAACAAGCACCAUCCCGAUGAUGUCGCUCAGGCACUCGAUGCUUCUCUCGCCGACUUGCAGUUGGAUUAUGUCGACUUGUUUUUGAUACACUGGCCGGUGGCUUGGAAACGGGGAGAUGACCUCUUCCCCAAGGAAAAUGGGAAGUAUGUCCUGGAGGACAUUGACUAUGUGGACACAUAUAAAGCCAUGGAGAAAUUGCUGUCUACCGGCAAGACCAAAGCCAUUGGCGUUUCAAACUUCUCCAAGGCAGAGAUCGAACGCUUGAUCCAGAACACCUCGGUCGUGCCGGCUGUCCACCAGCUUGAAGGUCAUCCUUGGCUGCAGCAGCGCUCCUUUGUCGAUUGGCACAAGUCAAAGGGCAUCCAUGUCACGCACUACUCUCCCUUUGGCAACCAGAACGAGAUCUACUCCUCAAAAGGUCAGAUUGGCAAGCUGAUUGACGACCCGGUAUUGGUCGAAAUCGCGAAGAAGUAUAAUAAGUCCUCGGCACAGAUUGCUCUUGCCUGGGGUAUCACACAGGGCCAUUCGGUACUGCCAAAAUCCAAGACCCCAUCUCGAAUCAAGGCCAACCUCGAGGGCGACUUCCGUUUGAGUGAUGAAGAUAUGAAAAAGAUUCAAGGCAUCGACAAGAAGCUACGCUUUAAUGAUAGCAGUGCUGAUUUUGGUCGGGACUUCUUUACCGAUUUGGAUGGAAAGGAGUCGGUUUGA